UCCUCGCAUCGCUCUCGAUCAGCUCAGCGUCGCGCCGCGCCACGCCACGCCACGCCACCCCACCACCCACCCCGGCUUUGAGGCCAAUCCGGAGUCGCCGGGCAGCCACGCAGCAGGCGGGCAUGAGCUUGACGGGGCAUGGCGGCGGCGGCGGCGAGGGGACGGCGCCGGCGUUGGAGCUGCUGGAUGAGUACUGGUUCUUUAGCAACACGCUGGGGAAGAACGGGAGGCAUGGCGGCGGCGGCGGCGGCGGGGGUAGGCCGCCGAUGCUGCCCAGGUCGCCGUCGACGGUGAGUGGUGGUGGUGGGCGGCCGGGGAAAGGUGUGGAGGCGGUGGGGACGUCGAGGCUGUUCGCGUCCGCGGGGCGGAGGCUCCUCCGGACGCCGUCGCUCCCGUCGCCGCGCGUCGGGAUGGAGAUCGCCAAGGAGGACGAGGAGGUCGUCGAGGAGGCCCCGGCGGCGGCGGGCGGUGGUGGCGAUCAGGAAGCCGACGCGGAGGACGACGACCUGAACUGGAGCUCGAUAUACGAGGGCGUGCUCCGCACCAGGAUCGCCGAGGAAGGUGUCAGGUCGGCGCUGCGGCGCGCGCCGUCGAUGCCCGUCACGUCGUCCGCGACGGGGCGCGACGACGACGCCCGCCGCGAGGAUACGGCGGCGGCCGCCACCGGGUCCACGACGCCGGGCAUGUCCAGGCUCAGGCACGCCCACAGCACGCUGGAGAGACACUGCCGCUCGCACACGCCCACCACCAAGGCUGACCGGACGCCGAGAACGUCGGGCGGCGGCGACGGCGGCCAUCGGAGGCAGCCACCGCGGCGAGAGCUGCGGUCGUUCAGCGCGAACCAGCAGCCGCUCGUCCGGCACCAGAGCCUGUUCCACGACAAGAAGUGGAAGAGCUCGAGCGACCUGGAGUCGAUCGAGGUGCAGGGGUUCAGGGACCUGGGCUUCGUGUUCGACCAGGAGGAGCUCCGCGAGAGCCUCGCCGACGUCCUCCCUGGCCUCCGCGGCAAGCCCACCCCCACCGGCUCCGGCUCCGCCAGCGACAACGACGACGCAAACACAGCCACAACCGCCACCGGCAGCGACGCCGUCGCCGCCGUGCGGCGGCCGUACCUGUCGGAGGCAUGGUACCACGUGCGGCGGCCGGCGCCCCGAUCACCGGCGGCGGCGGCGAUGAGGCUGCAGCAGGCGGACGCGAGGUCGGCGGCGGAGAUGAAGGACCAGCUUCGGAUGUGGGCGCAGGCCGUGGCGUGCAACGUCCGACAAGAGUGUUAAAAUCGGAUCGAUACAUGGCGUCGACCGGACCAGACACACGAUCACACGAGUUUUUUUUUUUUUUACCGCGGAAACCAGAAGCACCAACUCGAUGAUACUACUACCAUUUCAGUAGUUGAGUUUUGUUACUUUCGCCUGCAAAUUCCAUUCCAAUCCAAGAGGGUGAUACUCCAUCUAGGUAGAUGUUCAGUGCUCUUCCCACCUUUUGUUUUUCUUUAUAUAUCCUCCUUUGGUUGAUCUAUGAAUAAUAUGGCGGCAACCGCCCUAUUCUUUUUGUUAAUACCCAAAUGAAAGGAUUUACAAUCUAUAAUGCUGAGAGGCUCCAUUUGGAA